CAGAAAGGAACGCUGCAGUGGCGCGGAAGAUGAGUAGAGGGGGCACUGCCGGCAGGCUGCUACAGAAGCGGAAGACACUUCCCCCCUCCAUGCUGCUGCAAUACCAGGCAGGCUCAAGGCAGCAAGAUGUGGCAAAGAAGCCUUCUGCCAGCGUGCUCCCGCCGUGUGCAGGCAGCUCCCACGGGAGAAAGCAAGCAGGACAGAAGGAACCAUCUACUCCUGCCCAGACCAGCACUGCACUCCCUGCGACAGAGGACUCUAAGAGAGUGCUGCAGGAGCUCCGGGAAGUGUCUGCCCUGUGGAAUGAAGCAGACCGCACGUGGCCCGUGUACCAGCAGCAGGUAGAGCAAACGCGGGCAGAAAAGAGCGGCAUGGGAAGGCUGGAGUGCAGGGAGGACCAGCCUCCACUGCAGCGGUUUGCCAGUGCGAGCGUGUGGGCUCCGCGUCCUCCAGCCCAGCCCCGGGGACAGCAAGUGAGGAGGAGGUGGAGGAAGGAUGUGGAUCCUCCGCCGGGAAGUAAAAUGGGAACAGCGACCAAGCUGGCACUGCAUGCCGACCUCCUCUCCCCGCGAGCAGCUCAGGUGCUCCAAAGGUUGGAGCCCCACCUCCAUCAGCAAGAGGCUUUUGCUGACACCGCGGAAAGAAACCGGCAGAAGCUGGAGCUGAAGCGGCAGCUCCCCUGUGCUCGAUGCUCGUACCGCUCCAGAGGGGAAGGUGCUGGCAACAGUGUGACGGCUGGAGCUGUCGGCAAGGGGGCUGGGAAGCUGUCCGGAUUUCCACCUGUGAAUGGCAAAUCGUAG